CCUCCGAACAAGUCCUAACUCCAACAUGAAAACUUCUUUUGCUCUGCGCGCCGCUCUGCUGGUGGUGGUGAUGCUGGCGGUGGUGUCCAUGGUGGCGGCCCACCCUGAGCCUGGGUAUGGCAGGGGUCAUGGUGGCUAUGGGUAUGGUGGCCACGGCGGAGGUCAUGGUGGAUAUGGCUACGGCGGAUAUGGUGGCUACGGCCAUGGCAGAGGACACGGCGGUUAUGGCUAUGGUGGUUAUGGACAUGGCCGGUAGAAAUACAUGAGAUGAAGUAUUUCUUACAUAUAUGAAGAAAGUUAUUACUAUCUCAGAAAUCUGCAUAUCGAAUGUCAUAUGAUUUAGAUUUUGAUAAGAUGGCGAUGGUUGGAUUACUAUAAAACGAGAAGUUUGUUGUAUAGAGUAUAUAUUAAAAUAAAAUUCAG